GCCGGCCCGAGUGGAGUCACAACUGUGGUCUCCGGUCCCGGGGUGGCAGAAGCAUGGAUGUCGACGGCCGGUGGCGGAACCUGCCUAGCGGGCCAAGCCUAAAGCAUUUGACCGACCCUUCGUACGCGAUUCCUCCGGAGCAGCAAAAGGCGGCGUUGCAGGACCUGACGCGGGCGCACGUGGACUCCUUCAACUACGCGGUGCUGGAGGGGCUGAGCCACGCGGUGCAGGCCAUACCACCCUUUGAAUUUGCUUUCAAAGAUGAGCGCAUCUCUCUUACUAUUGUGGAUGCUGUCAUCAGUCCGCCAUCGGUGCCCAAAGGGACCAUCUGCAAAGAGCUCAGCGUUUAUCCAGCCGAGUGCCGGGGCCGGAGGAGCACCUACCGCGGGAAGCUGACGGCUGACAUCAGCUGGGCAGUGAAUGGAGUCCCCAAAGGGAUCAUUAAACAGUUUCUCGGCUAUGUUCCCAUCAUGGUAAAGUCUAAGCUUUGCAACUUGUACAACCUUUCUCCUCAAGCCCUCAUUGAGCACCGUGAGGAGGCAGAGGAAAUGGGAGGUUAUUUUAUAAUCAAUGGCAUUGAGAAAGUCAUCCGAAUGUUGAUUAUGCCUCGGAGAAAUUUCCCCAUUGCGAUGAUAAGACCAAAGUGGAAAAGCAGAGGACUUGGCUAUACUCAUUUCGGGAUUUCAAUGCACUGUGUGAGAGAAGAACAUUCUGCUGUCAAUAUGAACCUUCACUAUGUGGAGAAUGGCACGGUUAUGUUGAACUUUAUUUACCGGAAAGAGCUGUUUUUCCUUCCUUUGGGAUUUGCGCUUAAGGCUCUUGUGAGCUUUUCCGAUUAUCAGAUUUUCCAGGAGCUCAUCAAAGGCAAAGAGGAAGACUCCUUCUUUAAGAAUUCUGUUUCUCAGAUGUUGAGGAUUGUCAUGGAAGAGGGUUGCUCCACGCAGAAGCAGGUCCUUAACUAUCUGGGUGAACGUUUCAGAGUGAAGCUCAAUGUUCCUGACUGGUACCCGAACGAGGAGGCGGCCAAGUUCCUGUUCAAUGAGUGCAUCUGUAUCCACUUGAAAUCCGAUACUGAGAAGUUUUAUCUGCUUUGUCUCAUGACCCGGAAGCUCUUUGCUUUAGCCAGAGGAGAGUGCAUGGAGGACAACCCUGAUAGUUUAGUAAAUCAAGAAGUCCUUACGCCUGGUCAACUCUUCCUGAUGUUUCUGAAGGAAAAAAUGGAAAAUUGGCUAGUGUCUAUUAAAAUAGCUUUAGAUAAGAGGGCCCAGAAGACCAACGUAUCCAUAAACAAUGAAAAUUUGCUGAAGAUAUUUAGUAUGGGAUCAGAACUAACAAAACCAUUUGAAUAUCUUCUUGCUACUGGGAAUCUGCGUUCAAAAACAGGUCUUGGCUUCCUGCAAGAUUCUGGCCUGUGUGUUGUGGCUGACAAGCUGAACUUCAUUCGCUAUCUCUCCCACUUCCGCUGUGUGCACAGAGGGGCUGACUUUGCCAAGAUGAGGACCACCACAGUGCGCAGGCUGCUUCCAGAGUCCUGGGGCUUCCUCUGCCCUGUGCAUACCCCAGACGGGGCACCGUGUGGGCUGCUGAACCACCUGACUGCCGUAUGUGAGGUCGUCACGAAGUUUGUGUACACAGCAUCUAUUCCAGCCUUGCUCUGUGGCUUAGGAGUCACUCCUAUCGAUGCGGCACCUUGUCGGCCCUACAGUGACUGCUACCCUGUCCUGCUGGAUGGCGUCAUGGUGGGCUGGGUGGACAAGGAGCUUGCUCCUGACAUUGCGGACGCUCUCCGUCGCUUUAAGGUGUUGAGAGAAAAAAGAAUUCCUCCUUGGAUGGAGGUGGUCCUGGUCCCCAUGACAGGAAAACCAAGCCUGUACCCAGGGCUGUUCCUCUUCACCACUCCCUGCAGGCUGGUGAGGCCUGUGCAGAACUUGGAACUGGGUAAAGAAGAACUCAUUGGAACUAUGGAACAGCUCUUCAUGAACGUUGCCAUUUUUGAGGAUGAGGUUUUUGCGGGAACUUCCACACACCAGGAGCUCUUCCCUCACAGCCUGCUGAGUGUGAUCGCCAACUUCAUCCCCUUCUCCGAUCAUAACCAGAGUCCUCGGAACAUGUACCAGUGCCAGAUGGGUAAACAGACCAUGGGCUUCCCACUGCUCACUUAUCAAGACCGAUCGGAUAAUAAACUCUACCGUCUUCAGACACCUCAAAGCCCUCUAGUGAGACCGUGCAUGUAUGACUAUUAUGACAUGGACAACUACCCAAUUGGGACAAACGCCAUUGUAGCUGUGAUCUCCUACACGGGUUAUGAUAUGGAAGAUGCCAUGAUUGUGAAUAAGGCUUCUUGGGAACGAGGCUUUGCUCAUGGAAGUGUCUACAAGUCUGAGUUCAUAGACCUCUCUGAAAAAUUUAAGCAAGGGGACGAUAGUCUUGUGUUUGGGGUCAAACCUGGUGACCCCCGGGUUAUGCAGAAGUUGGACGAUGAUGGAUUGCCAUUCAUAGGAGCAAAGCUGCAAUUUGGUGACCCCUACUACAGCUAUCUAAACCUUAACACCGGGGAAGGCUUCGUGGUUUACUAUAAGAGUAAAGAAAAUUGUGUUGUGGACAAUAUCAAAGUGUGUAGUAAUGACACGGGCAGUGGGAAAUUCAAGUGUAUCUGUAUUACGAUACGAGUCCCUCGGAAUCCAACUAUUGGAGAUAAAUUUGCCAGCCGUCACGGACAGAAGGGCAUUUUGAGCAGGUUGUGGCCAGCUGAGGACAUGCCUUUUACUGAGAGUGGGAUGGUGCCAGACAUUCUGUUUAAUCCUCAUGGCUUUCCCUCCCGGAUGACCAUCGGUAUGUUAAUCGAAAGUAUGGCUGGGAAGUCUGCAGCUCUGCACGGUCUCUGCCAUGAUGCCACACCCUUCAUCUUCUCUGAGGAGAGCUCCGCCUUAGGGUACUUUGGGGAGAUGUUAAAGGCGGCUGGCUACAACUUCUAUGGCACCGAGAGGUUGUAUAGCGGCAUUAGUGGGAUGGAGCUGGAAGCAGAUAUCUUCAUCGGUGUGGUUUAUUACCAGCGCUUACGCCACAUGGUGUCAGACAAAUUUCAAGUUAGGACAACUGGAGCCAGGGACAAAGUCACCAACCAGCCUGUCGGGGGAAGAAACGUUCAGGGUGGAAUCCGCUUUGGGGAGAUGGAACGGGAUGCUCUCUUGGCACAUGGUACGUCCUUUCUCCUUCACGAUCGGCUCUUCAACUGCUCUGACCGCUCGGUUGCCCACGUAUGUGUGAAAUGUGGCAGUUUGCUCUCCCCACUGCUUGAAAAACCUCCUCCUUCCUGGUCUGCAAUGCGCAACAGAAAAUAUAACUGCGCUGUCUGUGGCCGCAGUGACACCAUCGACACUGUCUCUGUGCCGUACGUUUUCCGGUAUUUUGUAGCUGAGUUGGCAGCUAUGAAUAUCAAAGUAAAACUGGAUGUCAUUUAACUUGAUCCCGCUGUUAGCCUUUCAGGCAAAUGCCUAGCCAGCGCCCAGGGCCCUACGGCAGUACAUCAUAUAUAAUCUAUGCACAUGCACCGUGUGGCAGAGUAAAGCGUGAGGACCCCCUUUAAAGGCGAGCUCCACCCAUUCCUCGCUCUCUUUCCCACCGCUCCUCACAGAGGCCAGCAGGCAGCCAGGCCUUUGCACCUCUCCCUUCCAAUCCCUCCCUCUCUUCUCUUUUCUCUCCUCUCCUCUCUCCCCUCUCAUCUCCCUCAUCCCCCCUCCCCUCCCCUCCUCCUCUCCUAUCCUCUUCUCUUCUCCUCAACUCUUGUCCAUCUGUCCCCCAUAAGACCUUGUGAGCCCUGACACAUAGUGUGUCUGUCUGCUCUUGCCCACCAUUUUUAACAACAUUGGUGCUGUGUGACUUGGCAGGCCAUCCUGGUGCCUCCUCCUGCCCGCUGGCAGUCUGAGGUGCACCAGGACCCUGAACCUGGUUCAUCUACAACCCCCUCUGCACAACACCGGCUACUAUGAUUGUUGACUCUCCCCUCAAGAAGGGGGUGGGGGACACCACCUUCGGGGCUACACUGGUCCCUUUUGCCAGCAAUCACCCCUGGCCAUUCCCCAUGAGUGAGGUCUCGUUCCUCGUCUAUCGGACCUACAUGUCCCUUGGCCCCUGCCCUCUGUGUGCUGAUUCACUGGGCAGCUUGUACAUUUCUCAUCUCUCUGACCCAAACAUCCCUCGGGCUUAGCCCUGACCCCUGCUCUGUGUUUGAUGAAUCACUGAGCAGACUGUGCUAUCUCAAUUGAUCCUUGUUUAAUUUCUGGGAUGCUAGAAAUUCUAAAGCCAUUGGAUCUCAGUUUUUUCCGUUUUGUUUUUUCUCCUCUGCCUCACCCAUGGGGAAUAAGCCUAACAGUAAUAUAAGCCCGACAUCUCCUCUGGAAUGUCUUUUAGAAAACCUCAAACCUCUAUGCUUAAUGCCCUGCUUAAAGACUUCUAAACUCAUCUGCCUUUGCACCCAGAAAUGGCCCAAAUACCACUUAGAUAACCGGUUAAAAUGGCCACCUAAAGUCACUUUAGACCUUGAUAUUUUAUGGGAGCUUUCCAACUUUUGCCAGCAGAUGGGUAGGUGGAAGGAGUUGCCUUACAUACAAGCUUUCCAUAAAAGAAUCCAAUAUAUUACCCAAUCUUAUAGUCUCACCUUUCAUGAUAUAUAUAUGAUCCUAACUAACAACCCACUUCCUGAGGAGCACAAGCAAGUUUCAGAACAGGUUAGAAUACAUGCAGACACAAUUCAUCAAACUAAUGCAGCACGUCCACCCAGGGCCAAGGUGGUCCCUGAUCAAUCGAGGCCCACGAUGAGAUUAUAACACCCCAAGAGGUGCUCUAGCUAGAGACCAGUUUACAACCUGGCUCCUGGCAGGUCUCCGUAAGGCUGCCCUUAAACCAGUGAACUAUGAGAAACUCCCAGACUCAAAAAGGAGACUCACAGAACAAAUUUCAGUAUAACUCUACUAUUGCCUGCCCUCAGCAAUGAACCACCUGUGUCUCCUGGGUGCUAAGGUGUCACUAUGAUGAUGGGAAAGGAACAGGUGCUUUAAGGUUUGGUGGAGAUAGAAAAGCUUAACUGGUGAUAAGGAGAGAAUGAUUGGAGGUGUUCCAGCAGUCUCAAUAAUGUUCAGCGCCCUCAUUGCCCGCCCACUUGCCACCCCUAACUCCUCGCUUUUUUAUAAUAAACAAAAGAGGGGAAUGUUGGCAUUUCAGGCAAUUACCUAGCUAGCGCCCAGGGCCUUAGGGUCCUAUGUUACCUAAUCUAUGCACUGCAUGGCUGUGUAAGCCUCCAUACACAUGCGCUAGGACCCCUUUAAAGGCAAGCUCCGCCCAUUCCUCAUGCUCUUUCCCACCGCUCCUCACAGAGGCCAGCAGGCAGGCAGACUUUUGCGUCUCUCCCUUCCAAUCCCUCCCUCUCCUUUUCUUCUCUCAACUCUUGUCUCCCUCCUCAAUAAACCCUCCAUGUGAGCCCUGUUGCAGGGUGUGUCUUUCGGCUCUCACCCGCCGUUUUUAACAACACCGGCCAUCUGAGUGAAGAGAUUAGAACAAAAGGUGACUUUAAUCCAGGGAAGGUAUUGUGGAUUCACUCUGGAUCUGAUGCCAAGAACCGGCAGCUGAGAAUUCAAGACUUUCCUGCCUCUGAAACCUGCUGAAGUUGGUUUGUUAUAUUUGUUUAAAAAUGUUCUUAAAUGACUUCUUUACAAUGAUUUGUUGAUCAUAGAUCAUGCAGGAACACCUCCUUUCCAGGCCCAGGUUCACUGGUCCCUGCUUUCAGUAGCAGAGUUUGUCUGUCAUCAUCCAGAGCAGGGCAGUAUAAUAAACAGAAAAUGGAAGCCACAAAUGUAAUUUUUAUUUUUAUAUACAUGUAAAGUUAAGCUAUUUCAUGCAUAUAAUUUGAUGGAUUAUAACAUAGGUAUAGUCUGUGAUGUCAUCAUGGUCAAGGUAAAUAAACAUCUGUUAUCUCCAAA